CUCUCUUCUCCACCGCCGGCAGCCAAUCCCCCAAUCCAUCCAUGGCUAGGAAGCGCAAAUCCCCCAAAUCCGACGAUGCUGACAACAACUCCUCCUCUACCGCCGCCGCCGCCGACCAAACACCCACCCAUCGAGUCCGAAAACGCUUCGUUGGCGUGCGCCAACGUCCUUCCGGCCGUUGGGUCGCUGAAAUCAAAGACACCAUACAGAAAAUAAGAGUCUGGUUAGGAACUUUCGACACUGCCGAAGACGCCGCCCGUGCCUAUGACGAAGCCGCUUGCCUUCUCCGCGGCUCCAACACGCGCACCAACUUCUGGCCUUCCACGGCCACCACUCCCGCUCUCCCUUCCCGCAUCACCGCCCUUCUCCUCCACCGCCUUAAGGCCAGAGCCUCUGGUUCUACCAUGGCUGAAGAAGCCCAAACACAGGGCCAAGGCCAAGUAACACCUUUACAGUACGAGAACCCGCAGGCGCCUCAGCCUCAGGUUAAGGAAGAAGAAGAAGAGGAGGAAGAAGAAGAAGAGAGUGGUAAUGAUGAAAUACCAUUCGAGUAUUUCUUAAACGAGCCGUGUGAGAGCACUGACGUUGUUUCAGGGGAGCUGGAGGAAGAAGGGGAGGAAAAGAUGGGAGUUGAUUUAAACGAGAUGGAUUUUCAGUAUGGAGGGAACUAUUACUCUCCUUUUGAGAUAGCAGAGGGGAUGGAAGAAGAAGAAGAGUGGGCAGGUGGUGGUGGCGGUGGUGAAGAUGGUUCAUCGAUGCUCAGCGCCGCCAUGAAAAGGAUGAAGUAUGAGAGGAAGAUAUCAGCUUCGUUGUAUGCUUUUAAUGGGAUAUCAGAGUGCUUGAAGCUGAAGUUAGGGGGUAGAAAUGGAGGAGGCGAUCAGGCUAUGAACGACCAACUUUUAAGUCUGAGCAAAGCGUGUAAGAGACAGAGAGUGGACGAUGUUACAGAGAGGGUAGAGGUGAAGAAUGAAGAUUCAGAGACUGUUUCUUCAACUAUUCCUCCAUCUUCUUCUUCCUCUUCUUCUUCCUCCUCCUACAGCUCUUCUUGCCUGAAGAAAACGCCGCCACCAGCAGCUUUGAAUACUGAAUCUGAAUGGUCGAUUUGGGGUUCACUUGAUCUUUCUCCAAUAUGUGUGGCUUCUAAUGCUGUUAAGCUGUAAUUUGAUUGCCCGAUAUUGGAAGCUCAAUUCUGUGAUCAAGUUCUUAGCUUUAUAAUCCAGUUAGUAACUUUUUAUAAGAUUAUAAAAACACAGUAGAUAAACAGCAGGGAAAGAUCUAUAAUUUGUAUGAUGGAACAUCAACUGAAAUUGUCCCUUGUGAUUGCUGUCAGGAAGAAAGAACUUUACUUAUGUUUUCUGGUUCUUUUCGCCUCACUUCUGACUUUAUUUUGCAGUUAUUACUUUAUAUUAUCUUCUUCAAAC